UGAAUGUACAUAUGCCUAAAGACCGAGUCACUCAGAGCCACCAAGGAUAUGGGUUUGUUGAGUUUAUGGGAGAAGAAGAUGCAGAUUAUGCCAUUAAAAUAAUGAACAUGAUCAAACUGUAUGGCAAGCCAAUACGAGUAAACAAGGCAUCAGCCCAUCAGAAAAACCUUGAUGUUGGGGCCAACAUCUUCAUCGGUAACCUGGAUCCAGAAGUUGAUGAAAAGUUAUUAUACGACACAUUCAGCGCUUUUGGUGUCAUCUUACAAAUACCAAAGGUGAGUAAAAUACAUUUAUCAAAACCUUCUCUUCCAACAAACCCCAGCUUCAGAUGCAUUUUACUCAUCCAUUUGUUUGUUUGUUUUACAGUCAGUUUUCCAGGUUUGAAUGAGUUAGGGGAGUAUAUUAUUGAGGCAUUGUUUAAGAGCCACGAAUGUAUUUUGAUUGUCUUAAUUCUUGUAAAAAUAUUUUUGAAGCCUUUCUCUCACCAUUUCCUUUUCAUUUCAGAACGUCUCUUGGCUGCCCAGAAUCCACUCUCUCUCACCGACAGACCUCAUCAGUUGUUUGCAGAUGCUCCUCCACCUCCCCAACAACCUCCUGCUCCAGUCCCUCCAUCAUCAUUUGCUCCACCACCACCUCCUCCGCCUGUAUGCCAAACCCCUAUGAUGUCCCUGGCAAAUAACAUCAGCAUUGGAAUGCCCAAUGGAACAAUUGUCUCAACAGCAACCGGCCCUCCUCCACCUGUGCCACCACCUUCAUCAUUACCUGUGCCGCCACCUGUUGCAGGAAGCAUGCCACCACCUCCUAUGCCUCCUGGAAUGCCUUCAUUUCCACCACCAAGUGGAGCACCUCCUCCAGGUCAACCACCAUCAUACCCUCCACCACCACCUCUUACGAGACCACCUCCACCUCCAUCUGAACAGCAAAACUCACAAGUUCCCCCAAUGCCUCCACCACCAAGACCUCCUAUUUCAGGUAAUGCAGGACCUCCAGCACCCCCUGCGAACAUUGCGCCUCCACCUCCAGGUCCAUUGCCACCUGGUAUGCCUCCACCACCGCCACCAGGUAUGCGACCACCCCCUCCUCCACCUGGAUGGAGAGGACCGACACCACCACGUGGACCACCUCCCUUCGGUAAAUGAACUUCGUCUUCUCUUUUGUG